AUGCUUCUGCCUCGGAGGGGAGAAGAUGGCAGAACCCAAUGGAGAAGAGGGGAAAUAUCUGCUGCCUCAGGUAUGAAGCUAUUUUACCUUGUCUUGGGCAUGAGGGGUCUCCCCUCCGUACAUCGCAUGGUACCUUACCUGCUUACUUAG